GCUAUCCCAGCCCCGCCGCGCUCGCGCACGCUGCGUUGCUGCGUGCAACUUAGCGGUACCACAUACAGACCUCACGGUCUUUAUCUGACAGCGCGGCGGCAAUACAGUCAGCACUCGCGUGCCUAACAGCACAACAGGAGGAGGCCGCGACUCGCCGUCGCCGCGCGCGCGCACCAAUGACGACCCAGACCCUCGUCCUCCAGGGCGAGAGCGAACUAAGGUUAGAGGUCGACUUCGACAAGAUUGUUGUGGUGACGGUCAAGGAGGGCAUCGCGGAAGUGCUGGGCCUGGAGCUCGCCCAAGGCAAGGAGUACGCUUUUGCUGGUGCGAAGGUCGCGAUCUACACCUGGUUCGGCGCGCGCGUGGAAGUCGUCGGCGAGACGACGAGCUGCUACGCUACCGGUAGAGGCGAAACGACGCAGCACGCGACGUUAAAUGCGCAUUCGUACUUGGAGACCAGGAGGGACGAGGCGGCGCGCAAGGUCUCGGAGUCCAUCGCGGGCGCGUCCUACAAGGCCUGCGAGACCGGUUUGGGUAUUGCGAAGGGCGAGACGGCCAUGCCGGCCGACGAGAGCACCUCUGCAUUGAGUGGUGUCUGUGCUGAGUACUCCAAAGCCUGCGCACCUACGUCGGAGUGUCGCGGGCCUAGGGUAUUGGUGUGUGGCCCGACGGACUCCGGCAAGUCGACGCUCUGCGCGACGCUGUGCGCAUAUGCAGCGAGGUUAGGCCGAGAGCCGGUCUUCGUCGACCUGGAUCCCGGUUUAGGGGACUGCGGCGCGCCGCCCGGCGCCAUCGCGGCUUGUAGAGUUGAUAGAGAUCGAGCAACAGUACAAGAAGGUGUUGUGGGUGGGGUUGAUGAUGCUCCGCUGGCAUUUUGGGUCGGCUCCACGGAACCGCAGGAAAACUCGGCGUUGUACGAUCAUGUGGUGGAACAAUUAGCCAAGGCCUGUGCUGAGAGAUUACACGCGGACCGAACGCUAGACGUGUCGGGGCUCAUCAUCAACUCGUCGGGCUGGGUCGACGGCGACGGCUUCCAGUCCUUAUUAAGGAUCGCGUCGGCGUUUUCCGUGGACUGCGUGCUGGUGCUGGCGCAUGAUCGGUUGUUCGCGGAUCUGCGGGCGGCGUUGCCACGGACCGUGGCCGUGGCCAAGCUCGCAAGGUCGGGCGGCGUCGUGCAGCGGGAACCGGCGCAUCGACGGCGCGCGAGGAACAAGAAGGUCCACGAGUAUUUUUAUGGCCCCCAGAGUCACGUAAGAGGGAUCUACAAGAACGCGGACAAGGAGACUAUUCUGGAAAAGGUCCUGCCGCCGCUCGCCCCCGCGACGCAUGAAUUGCCCUUCAAGAAGGUGAAAGUGUAUCAGGUCAUGGCCGGCGCCGCGCGGGACGACGCCAUGCUCCCCGUCGGUCAGGCAUCUCUCUUAGAACCUUUACAGGUCGUGGCGGUGCCGAUCUCCGCGGCAUUAGUGCACACGGUCAUGGCGGUCUGCCACGUCGACGAGGACGAAGGGGAGGAGGCGCCGGCCGCGUCGUCGACGACGUCGCCGCACCAGCACUUGCUGAACCGGGCGGCGGCGGGGUUUGUGGUCGUCACGAACGUGUCCAUGGACGCGCAGACCCUAACGCUGCUGGCGCCGUGCUCGGGUGGCCUGCCGUCGUGCCAUUUGUUGAUGGGCAAGCUCGAGUGGAUGGAGUCGUCUUAUACGUAA